AUGUUCCUCUUCAAGCGAAAGAAUAGCUCGGCGAUCAAUACCGGCAGUGCCAACAACAACUCGAAUAGCUCGGAACAAAAACAACAAUUUACUUUUGCUAUUCAAAUUGAGAGUAUUGAAAAUGUUCCUCUCUAUUUUCAAGUUCCGCUCGGCGUGGAGUUGCACAAAUUGAAUUUGACUUCAAUUCCUAGCCAAGCCAUUCUAACAUUGAAAGGAAAGCUAUUCAGAAAGAGAAAAUUGAUUGGAGCAACAUCUUUUAAAUUGACUGAUAGUGCCUCAAAACAAAUUACUUAUGCCUCUACGUUGGAAUUUUUGGUCAACAUUCCCAUCGAUAAACAGAAAAAUCGUAUUUUGAAAGGACCAGUCACAUCCUCAACUGUUUUUGAACCAACAUGUUGUGAUUCUCAACAGGAUACCAAUGAUGAUAGCGAUGAUGAAUAUGCUGCGAUGUCCAAUAAUAGUAACGGAAAAUUCUUGCACAUUGUCGUAUCCAAGAAAUUCAAUACUGCUUCUAAACCCGCCUUUGUCAAUGAUUGCUUAUUGGAUUUAACACAUUAUUGUAGUUUACAGCAAGAAUGGCAGGGACGAGUUUCUAUUCCUGUUGAAAUUACGAAAGAUGUGACUGCAAACAUUAAUUUACAAAUAUUUUCUGUUGUGGGAAAUCAAUUAAGUUCAAAUGGAAGACGAUCUGGCAGUUUGGAUGUUCAAAGAGGUAAAGCAAAUAGCUCGUCAACAACGCCACCAUUAAAACGAAUCGAUUCCCUGAAUGACAAAACAGAUACAUCUCCACAGCAACAAAUUCCAAAAGUAGCCACCAAUUCAACAUCUUCAACGCCUGUAAGCGUUUCAACACCCACUUCAACAUCGACCACAGCAGUUGUACAAAUGUCGACUCCUACAACAGUUUCCUCUCCACAAAUUUCACCACAAAACAUUAUUAAGGAAAUGAAUUUACUUCAGUUUGAAUCGAGCACUAGUUCGCCAUCCUCAACGAACAGCAAUGUAAAUAAUAACAAUAAUAACGGGCAAACUACUGUAAAUAGUACCAUGAACAGUAAUAUGGGAAAUGUCAAUAACAGCUCAAAUGGACUUUCUAAUCAAAGCUCUAUGAGCGACUUUUUCAAAAAGAGAGCUGAGGUGAAUAACGGAAGAUCUCGUUCCGACUCCUCCCCUGGGCUGCAACUAACAAAUUUUGAUAACAACAAUGGUACACCAAACUCCACAUUCUCUCCAACCAGUGCAUAUCAGGUGGACAACUCUCCAUCUGAAUCACCUUCAGUAGAAACUAUCAAACAGGAGAACGCUCAUCUUAAAUCUGUCUUGCAACGAGCUAAAACCAGAUUCCAAGAAGUUGUGACAGAAAACGCGCAACUCAAAGAGCGAAUCAAACAACUAGAGGCACAAGUUCUCUCAUUACAGCUUUCACAAAACAGUAACAGCAUACAAAUUCCCAAAACAGCCCAAGAUUUUUUUGAUCCAUUUCAAUAA